UUGCCGUAAAGCAAGAAGGGGAUUUCGCGACAGUUCUGUGGGUAGGCUUUGACCGUUGUGUUCUGCGGCUUUCUUUUCCCAAUGGGCUGCUGAGCUAAUAUGGCGUCGGAGGUGAAGUCUGUCUUGUUCGUGUGUCUGGGGAAUAUUUGCCGAUCACCUAUAGCGGAAGCUGUAUUCAGAAAACUUGUAAUUGAUCAGAAUGCUGAAAACAAGUGGAGGAUAGACAGUGCAGCAACAUCAACGUAUGAAAUAGGAAGCCCUCCAGAUUAUCGAGGCCAGAAUUGCAUGCGGAAACAUGGCAUUACCAUGAGUCAUAUUGCCAGGCAGAUUACAAAGGAUGAUUUCCGGACAUUUGAUUACAUACUUUGCAUGGAUGAAAGCAAUUUACGAGAUCUGAAAAGGAAAAGCAAUCAAAUUCAGAACUGUAAAGCUCAAAUCGAGCUCUUGGGUAGCUAUGAUCCCCAGAAACAGCUUAUUAUUGAAGAUCCAUACUAUGGGAAUGAUGAAGAUUUCAAUACUGUUUAUGAACAAUGUCUUAGAUGCUGUAAAGAGUUUUUAGAGAAGCCUCAUUAACAUACUCAAGUUGUUCCUGAAAAUGACAAAUAGUGGCUCUUCUGCUGAAGUAUUCUAGAUCUUAAUAUCAAAUUGUAAUGAUGUACCUCCAGAAGACAUCCCACUUGAAGUUUGUUCAUUUUAUUUUUGCAGUGCAGUUCCUCUAUGUUCUAUUGGAGAAAUAGUAGACUUUCAAAACAAACGAACAAACAGUAUUGUUCCAUGAUCAUCCAUGUAAUGGAAGAAAGGUUGUUGAACUAAAGAAUAAAUAAUACAAUCCUGA